AUGGCACGUAAUAGUAACGAGAACGGUGAUGAUAAUAUUGAUCCCGCAUCAGUGACUUCAAACGUGAAAAGCUCUAUAAAACAGGAAGUAAUAAAAGAGCUUCUGAAUGGUUCAUUCCAAGACAACAAAACAAAAUUAGGUAAUGAUGCCUUGUCUUUGGUUGUGGAAGUGGCUAAGUGUUUAGUCACAGAAACCUGUCUACGGGCUUCCACUCAAGCUCUACGUGAAAGUUGUGACAUAGUUGAUAUCGAACAUAUUGAGAAGUGCCUACCACAACUGAUGCUGGAUUUCCCUUAA